AUCAAGUGGCACGCUGUUUCCAGAGCAGCUUCAUUACAGUAUGACAACUCAAGUCACAACGGCUUGGUUCCCUAAUAAAUACUUGCUUCAAUCCUAUAUGUCACAUCUGUCUCUUGCUAGUAAAAUUUAUCCUAUAGAAAAAGCAUGGCUGUUCUGAGGAGAUCAUAUGGUUACUCAAAGGUGGAUAAGGAAGACCAAGAAGAGAUGAGUCAUCGACGAGCACAGUUCUUGAUCUACAAAGUGCUGGAACAAGCAGAUUCUAGACGAAAAUCAUCGUAUCUACGAAUCAGAUUGUGUAGGCCAAAGGUGAAGAUUGGGAGAAGAUUGAAGAAGUUAAGGAAGAGUGCAUUGGUUUGUAUUUCUGCAGCAAAAGUUGGUGUUUACAAGCAGGUUGUUAAUCAUUUGAAAACUUGGAGACGCUUGUUUAACCUUGGUGAUGGAGCCAUUGCCAGCCUUCCUCUUCCUUUUUUUUCUGUUAAAACCAGAGCUUUCCAGCAGCUAUAG